AUGCCAGUUCUGUCACUGCAGCUGAUCAACCUACUUACACAAACUUCCACCACCAGCCUCGAUUUGCCACACCUUCCUGACUUUGACAAACGGGAUUCUCAUGAGGAUGAAACUGAUAUAAUCCCCUUUACCAUAGCACGACCUACAAUACGAACUGCAGCGACUACUGCAGCACUAUCUCUGAAAUCUAACCUAACAAGUACACAAACCACGGUUGCCUCAACAUACUCAACUGAAGAUCGGAAUGAUAUGGAUGUGUUUAAGUUGGUGUUUACUGUCGGCUCAGAUGAUUCUUACUACAAUGCACAAUUUGAAUUUGGUGCAAAUCUGCAACAACGACAACAACAAGAAGGAAACGGUACAAAUGACGGUGAAGAGAGCCCAGACAGCUCACAACAAAUCGGACUUCGGUUGGAUUUGAUUCAACCGGAAGUUUGGGUCAUGAAUGGGGCAAAGUACAAAGACUGUUCAGAAAUCUGUCUGUCACGAAGUAGUAUCUUGAGUCCAUACUUUGAGAGUAGUGUUUCCAGUAUACCUUCAUCGGUAGCUGACGCUCCAAUAUUCACUACAAACUGUGCAAGACAAGGGUUGUACACUAAGGGGACCACAUCACCAAGUAAUUUGCCAUCCCCAACGGGUGUAGGUGACGCAGCAAUGCGUAAUGGGGAUGUGUACACUAUCCCGUAUUUGAAUCAAAUUCAUGCAAGUGGUGAAUUUGUCACUGAUGAUUUCAAUUUCAAUACAACUUCGGGCAAUAAUUUCCAAAUGUCAAAUUUCACAUUUGUCAAUGUCAAUGAUACUGGAAUGUCUGUUGGUGGAUUGGGGUUGGCUAGUUAUCCAAAGGGAAAUGGAUUCUUGUCACGAUUGGUGCAACAAAAUGUUAUCAAAUCGCAAAGUUAUUCUCUUUGGUUUAGCUCUAAUAGCACAAACAAUGGGACCAACAACAACAAUGGUGCUGACGAUGAUGAUGGUGAUAGCUCGUCCAAUGUGUUAUCCAUAGCUCAGCUAAUUCCUGGAGUGGUUGACAAAAAGUACUAUAUUGGAGAUUUAUAUUCAAUCGAUAUAAUUCCUCAUACAGGUGUACGGUAUAAUUACACUCAAGCUUCAACAAACGCAGACUUGGCAGGGUUAAUCUUGCCCAUUAUAAACUUGGACAAUAUCAAAGUUGAGCGUAUAGAUACUGGGCAGAGUGUGUCUCUAAAAUCAAAUGAAGAUGAACCAUUACCUGUGUUGUUGGACUCACGAAUAAUGUAUUCGUACCUACCGUUGAAUGUUAUUAUUAAUUUGGCGAUUCAAACGAAUGCAUAUUUCAGUUCAGAGGCGAAUCGAUGGUUGGUAGAAUGUGAUGUCCUAACUUCAAACAGUAACGCUACUGUCAAUUUUGUUAUUGGGGCGGUCAAUGUUCAAAUUCCAGUCAGUGAAUUCCUAGUUGAUGCAGUAUACCAAGGAAAUAAUCUCCAAUUUGAAAAUGGAAACAAGGCAUGUUAUUUGACUGUUUUGAGAACCGAUGCUGCCGGUUACAACUCUUUGGGUCUACUGUUUUUGAAGCACGUGUAUCUUGUCGUAGAUAAUGAUGGGAGACAGGUUGCAAUUGCGAAUAGUAACAAGUUUCUUGAUGUUGAUGAAGCUGAGUUGCUCCAUUUAGAGGAUGAACAUCAACUCCCGGCAUUCAAUUUGUCAUCAGUAGCACCGCCAGCAGCAUCCACAGCAAUUGGAUCAGGUAAGGCAAGAAACAUAUCAUCAAUUGCAUAUAUUGAAUCGGGGACGAUUCCAUUCGCCACCCCCAUGACGUAUGCCAAUGCGGGCAACGCAUCGACUGUGGCCGAGUCAAUCACCUUGACGUAUUCGGAAGUCACUCCCAAUGCGAAUGAUGGACAGCUUGCUCUGUUGAAUAUCCCGGCUCGACUUAGUGGCGCAUUGAUUAGAUCGGGAUCUAUUAUUGUGACAGGAGUUAAUACACGUAGUGCGUCAUCGUCAAUUGCACAGGAUUCUGCGCAAUCUACGUCAAGCUCUGGUGGUGGUCAAUCUGUGGUUGCACAGUUUGCAGGAUUGGAUAUUGGGGGAUGGGACUUGAUUGUUGCCAUGUCCAAGAACAAAGACCCCAACUCGCUCAUUAACAUCCAGCAUGACUACAUACACAACAAGAUUAAGCAAGCCCAAGCUGCUGAUCCAAAACAAAUCUACAACUUGGUGAUUGAUGAGAAAGUGAAAACCAUACUAUAUAAAUCAUUCACCAAGGAACAAUUGCUACGAAUAGUGGCAUCGGUGGAGCUAAUUGACACAGAACGAAGAAAAAACGCCUAUAUGACAGCAAUCUACAUGGUUGAACAAUCAAUCUACAAUAUGAAAUGUAUCAUGGCCGAUGUGAAAACAAAACGAUACAAGAGUGGAAGGACGUUAUUUGCAUAUCAGGAUGAGGAUGUUGAUCGCAAAGCCACCAAAUUCUUUUUUGAAAGAUUUAUUCCCCAUGUCGAUAACUUCAUCACCGAAUAUGGCCGUAUCAAUUUCGAGUACAAUGCAGUCGAAACAAGAGUGUUUUUAGUCGACGACAAGACUCCCAAUUCGAUGCCUCUUUAUUACAAUAAGAAUGCACUUCAUUUGGUUAUGCCUCAGAUCAAACUAGUUGCCAAGUGCUUGCUAAAUGUGAUGAUUUCAAUGGAAGAGUACCCCUUUAUACGAUUUUAUCGCCCUCAAGAUGCCAAUUACGAAGCCAAACGUUUACCUGAAUUGAUUGCUGAUGAGUUCCAAAAGCAAAUGGAUGAAUACUGUCGUGCUAAUCAAAAUUACCCCACCCCUGAAGUAUCAGCCAAAACUAGAUCGAUAUUAUUGAUCACGGAUCGUACUAUUGAUUUGUUUGCUCCAUUGUUGCAUGAAUUCCUGUACCAGGCUAUGGCAAUGGAUAUAGUGGAAUCUUUGGAAAAAGAUGGCGUUUUCAAAUACCAGAGUGAAAAUGAAAAGGGUGAAGUUAAGGACGUGGUGGCAACUUUGGAUAACGAAGAUGAUGAAGACUGGAUCAAUUUACGACAUUUGCAUAUCAUUGAAAGUUCGGAAUUGAUUGUCAACAAGAUUACCGAAUUGGUCAAGAAUAACCCCUUGAUGAUUGACAGAUCUAAAGCUAGUACUUCAUCAGAUUUGAUGUACAUUGUUGCCCAUCUAAAGGGGUUUGAUGAAGAAAGAAGACAAUUGACGUUGCACAAGACCCUUAUUGACAAAUGUCUCGAUAUCAAUGCUCUGAGAAAAUUGGCUGAAUUUGCCGCUGAUUUCGAACAAACUUGUUGUGCUGAUGGUGUAAGCUUUGAAGGUGAGCGAAACAAGCAUUUGCAUGACGAUUUGAUUGUGUUGUUGGCUAGAGAUGAUUUACAUAUAAAUGAUAAGAUGAGACUUAUAUUAAUCUAUGCUUUUUAUCGUGGUGGAUUGAUUAGAGCCGAUUUCGAAAAGUUGAUCAAAUUCAUUGGCGUUGAUGAUCGUCACAUUUCUGGAUUGGUGGAGAGAUGCUUCAACAAUGUUGAUAAAUUGGGAUUCCAGUUGUUUAAAACUGACAUCAAGGAUAAACCAUUUGGUAAACAAUAUUUCCACACCAUCAACAAUGAAGGAACUUACAACACAAGUAGGUAUACCCCUGGUCUCAAGACAAUUAUGCAAAAUGUCGCCAAGUACUCGCUUGAUCGUGAAUGGUUCCCUUAUUUCCGUGACAUUCCAUUGGAUGAUGAAGUGGUGGCUAAUGAGCCUAAAGGCUCUUCCUCAUCCUCUGCAAGGGGUAAAAAUGCCGACUUACAUUCAAGUGGUACGUUGAGAAACCCAAGAAUUAAAGCAAGUUGGGCUUCACAAACAGGUACAUCUGCCUCAAACUUGUCUAGGCAUGGCGGUGUCUCCAGCCUAAAACAAAAACAGCGUAUAUUCUGCUAUGUUGCUGGUGGUAUAACCUAUAGUGAAAUUCGCUCCAUAUACGAAUUGUCGAGCUCUCUCAAUAAGGAGUUUUAUAUUGGUUCUGAACUGAUUUUGAGACCUAGAGAUUUCCUUAUUGGACUACAAAGCAUGGGUUCGAAUAAGACUCUUGAAGCGUUGGAUUUAAACAUUGUUAAGGAGUUGUCCAAGAGCGAAGAAAUUCCCAAUUUCUUGUAUAAUGAUGGAACUAGUGGUAUACCACGGUCUGUACCUGUGCAACAACAAUCGACUAUUAGAGGACUGGGUAUCCCCCCUCAGCAACAACAACAACAACAACAACAACAACAGUACCAGCAGCAGACGCAACCUCAAUUUGGUCAAAGCGCCUCUUUCCAACAACAAGUUGAGCAGCAACAGCAGGCCUACGCCAGAGCCCAUGGACUCCAGCAAGACUCUGGAUCGUUUGCCAAUGGCGCGGGUGGCUCUGGUGGAGGUGGGCAUUACAAAAAGAGAAGCACAAAGUCGGCCACUCCAGAGCUGAACUCUGCACCUACAAGUGGCUCGGGAGACAGGUCCGGUCCUUCAGAUACAUCUUCAAAAAAGAGGUCAAGGUUGAAGAAAUUGUUCAAGUAA